UUUAUUUUCCCAAUUUUCAAAAACUUAUUUUGGAUUAGCUAUUUGCAAAAACCACCAUAUACCACAUCACAGUCCAGCUCAACGAGAAAUCAUUUUAUUUACGUGGAAGGGUGGAUUAAAAGUUUGCUAUCAACAUUCAUCAUUAAAAAUCAUCCCAUCUUUUUAAAAUUUUAACAAAUCGAAUACGUUUCGACAACAAAACUGUCGUCACCGGCGAAUUUUAUUAAUGCACUAAAAGCGUUGAGUAAAGCAUUAAUUUUAGGGAGCCUAUUAUUUUUAGAGGUAAAUGCAAAGGUGGACAGCUGUAGUGAAUAACUUAAAAGUGGUCUACUUCAGCAUUGUUUACAUAGACAAAAUCGGUGAGAAAUUCUCAAUACUAAAGUGGUGAAUUGCAGAGGCGCACCACCCACAUUUUUGUUUAAAAAUAUCCUUGUGAAACGUAUUUCCAUUCUUUGGGUAUGAUUAAUCCGAAAUUAAUGGCAGCAAGGACGUUAAAUCCAAAACCUCAUAAAUUAACAAUAACUUAUAAGUUUUCCAAACUUAUGCCUAAAAUGUUUGUUCUUUUUUUUAAAACGUUGUUUCGGCCGGUACCAGGCACUAAAAGAGGAUGACGUGACGUUCGCAACGUUAUAUCUCUACCUGUUAUUAAGGCGUGGAAUUCGUAAACGCAUUUCUUAGAAUAAGAAGAGAAAGUUGAGUGUAAUGACUUGGUGACCACUCUUACCGUCUCAAUUUACAGCGCGCAAAUUGGCUUGUCUUUCGUAAAAUUCCGGAAAUCGCCCACGCUUCAACGAGCCGAGAUUUAAAUUAGCUAUGUCAAAAAAUGAACUUUCAUUUUCUCGUUUCACCCGGAAUGUAAGAUGUUGGAAUUUCCAUCGGACUCCCGAUAAAAGCAUUCAUUGUGUAACUCUAAUUUCCGAAAUUAUGCAACUUGAUGCAGGUGAAAUUUUUUAAAAUUAAUUCAAAACUUUGAUUUCAUCAGGAUAUCAACCCCAAGGAUUCUUUUACGUUUUGACCCACUUUCAGCUGAUGGCUUUUGAAAUGGAUUUAAAGAUCUUCCUUGAUAUUAAACAAUCACUACCGAUCAGAUUGUUUUAAGCCACGUCACCGCUCAAGGUAACUCGGUUUUCCCGUUUAUAACCAACUUACCUCUCACUCUCUUUGUUAUUUAUUACGACAUCGUUUCCCAAUUAUGCGUGCUUAACAUAUAUUUAAGUCAAGUGGCGCUCUUAAAUUGAUAACUCCCAUGUUUAAGGGAUGCGCACGAGUACGCGGACGAAUCGAAAAAGAAUGCGGCAGAAUUUGAAUACGGGGACAAAACUGACGUAGUUGCGUACCUUGACAGUGCAAAAUAUAAUUUGGCAAUCAAGGUGAACUAAAACAGAAAGAGAGGGAAGUAAUUGUUAAAAUUUGCGUAAUGAAAAGAGAUGGACGGAUUAGUCAUUAGCGCGAUUUUGGUAAGCGUGGAUCUCUUCCCGCUUCAUAAUUUUUGCCACAUGAUGAGCGUGCUUGUAUUUUUAGCAUGCCAUCUGUAUUUACAUUCGCAAGUGACGUAUUUGGGAUUUCGUUUUGCCCCCAAAUGAGUAGGUACUAAUCAGUCAAUUUUGUUAGUCUGAUAGAGAUGUGGGAUGCCUCAAAUAGUUCCAUCGGCAGGCUUCACACCCCCCUGCGAUUAUAGCAAUUUCGCCGACAGCUUCGACCUAUCGUUACUGCCAGAAGAAGACCUUCCGCCACCGACCACCUUCUAUUCGACUCCCUCACCGCCCAUGCCAUGCGGGGUAAAGCCAAAAAUAUCGACAACGUUCUACCCAAACUCUCCCCCAACGUUAAAAGCUAACGACAUCGAUCUCGGGCCCGACUUCCAAGAGCUUCUAGGUUCAGAACCUACAAAGACGAACUACCCGACAUCGCCAAUAAGUGGAAUUUAUCUCGAAGUACCGUCGAUUAAAAGCACAGAUUCGUUAUCGCCCUAUUCGUCCCACAGCCUGCUGUCGCCAAACGAGCAGUACUCCACAUUUCCAUCCCCAACGUCCGACUACCAUAGCCUGUACCCAAACUCGCCAUCGGACACGUCGAGCUACCCGCACUCCCCCAGCUCGUUCUACGCACCCGACAAUUACCAACAACAGUACGUAAAAAAGGAAUUCUUCCCUCCGUACGUCAAAGAAGAAAAUUUCCUGUCGCCAUGUUCGAACUACACGAGUAAUCGAGACGUGGUGGAUUUACUGGGGACGGCCAUAAUCAAACAGGAGAGUACCAUCGAUUUCGACAGCAUACUGCAAAGCUUUAGAUUGAAUGGUGAUAAGAGUGCCGAAACUCAGAUCGUUCCCGAAAAGUCGAAGGGCGAGGACCACAAAUUGCUAAGGGAAGUACUGAGGGAUACCAGUUUCCAGAAGAAGUACAACAUUAAAACUUUCGACUUUAACUUGAUGGACAAUCCCAUCAAGAUGGAAGAGCCUGAUGACAUUAUCGAUCCGGAGCUGUCGAGGGAAACAAUCGAUCCAGUUCUAAAUUUGGCGAUCGAGCAGAUGCGGAAGGAUGUCAGCAACACAUGCGCCGCUUUGGCUAUAUCUCCAGACCCAUCACAAUGGAACCCAGCCAAUGUGCUGUCCUGGUUACAGUGGACAACAAACCAAUUUGGCCUGCCAACACUUAUACCAAAUCAAUGGGAACUGUCGGGGCCCAACUUAAUCGCUCUCUCAGAGGAGGACUUUACCAGAAGAGCGCCCCAGAGUGGAAGCAUACUAUACGCGCAAUUAGAAAUUUGGAAAGCCGCCUUCUCCGAGGAAGAAUUUGGUGGAAAAUGGAUGCCGGAAAGUGCCUCCAGUAACGCGUCGAGCGGAGAAAUCUCCGACGAUGAGGAAGAAGAAAUGCCGACAGACGUCGAACCAAGUAAGCCCACAACGUCUCGAGGGACCGGCAGCUCCCACAUCCACUUGUGGCAGUUCCUCAAGGAACUACUGGCGUCUCCCCAAACACAUGGCUCGUGUAUUCGGUGGAUAGAUCGCAACAAAGGAAUAUUCAAAAUAGAGGACUCUGUGAAAGUCGCACGACUUUGGGGGAAGCGAAAAAAUCGGCCGGCGAUGAAUUACGACAAACUCAGUAGGUCUAUAAGGCAGUAUUAUAAAAAAGGCAUAAUGAAAAAAACGGAACGGUCUCAAAGGCUCGUCUACCAGUUUUGCCAUCCGUAUAAUUUAUAGAUAUUUAUUUGUACAUAGGUAUAUAGAAAAUAGACUAGCUACUAAUACAAAUGUACAAAAAAUUGGGGGGUUACAAAGGGGGAGGUGAUGGUUAUUCAUUUUGAAGUUAUCAAAAUGAUAAAAGUAGCUUAAAAAGCAACGUGGGGUAUUACCACAUUCGCUUCUAAUUUUUAAAACGGCCAGUUAGGCCCGUAGAAUAAGUGCGCCUAAGGAAUAUUGUGGAAGGUAAUUUCCACAAAAGAAUUUAUGAAUCAAUUCAAUUUCCUUUCUAAAUAUUUACCGACUAGUAGACUAUCGAGGGACGAAAGGGUCAAAUUUAGCGUCAAUCUCGAAAGAUUUUAACGCUUUGGCCCUGUCUUUUGAAAUUCGAACAAUCGGUGAUUUCGGUCCCAUAUAUCUAUGAUAUAUUGAUAUUGUAAGUUCUAUGAACGCUUUCCAUAAAAUGAUAUUAUCAGUGUAACGGUUAAUUUUAGUCGAGAGUUUAUUUAUUAACCAAUGUACACCCUGUACACAUUAACAGUGUGAUCUAGAAGUAAGUGUGAUAACCAAUGCUAACCCAUUGUAUGUAAAUUAUCUGUAGAUUAUUUGUUCGAUAAAUUUACUUUUAUGAAUUAAAUGCAAAAAAUAUUACUUAA